AGCGUAGAAGAAGAGCCCCCCACUUGUCUCUUGCACAUUCUGCGGCUUUUUCGGUUCAGUCCCUCGGUCGGGGGGAAAGACCGAGAGACUUUUGGAGGGAGUUAUCGUCCUCGUGUUUGCUCCCACUCGGAUGUUCACUGCGAUGGUAAUGCACGACUAACAAAACUGCGAAGCAAUCACAGAGUUCAAGAAAAUGGUGACCUUGUGGAUAUUUUGCUUGUGUCUCAUCGGAGGAAGUCGGACAGAUAAGUCAAGUUCGCCCACAGCGGACGGCCAAAUGGCAGAAAAUGGAAUAUCAGAUUUUUGUCGCAUUGACGAGCCGCUGUGCAGGGAUGAGAAUGGCGUUCUCAGUUAUGAGGCCAUCCGCAGCAUCCACAAGCAGAUGGACGAUGAUAAAAAUGGCAACGUGGACGUGGUGGAGACAGACGGGUUCCUGAGGGAGGAUCUGAACUACCACGACCCCAAGGCCAAACACAACAGCUUCCAUGGGGAUGACCAGUUCAUCAGCGUGGAGGACCUGUGGAACACAUGGAAGGGCUCUGAAGUGUAUAACUGGACUGUGGACGAGGUGGUUGAGUGGCUCAUCACCUACGUGGAACUGCCACAGUAUGUGGAGGCCUUCCGCAAGAUGAGCUUUAACGGGAGCACCAUGCCGAGGCUGGCUGUGAAGAACAACACUCUGACGCACACAAUCCUCAAGAUUCUGGAUCGCAGCCACGUUCAAAAGUUGCAGCUCAAAUCUUUGGACACCGUGCUGUUCGGAGCGCCUCUCAUGAACAGACACAACCACUUGAAGGACUUCAUGCUGGUGGUGUCCAUCGUCAUCGGGAUGGGGGGCUGCUGGUUCGCCUACAUCCAGAACCGCUACUCCAAGGACCACAUGAAGAAGAUGAUGAAGGACCUGGAGGGCCUGCAGAGAGCUGAGCAGAGUCUACAUGACCUCCAACAAAAGCUGCAGAUCGCCCAGGAGGAGCAUCGCUCAGUGGAGGUGGAGAAGGUCAACCUGGAGCAGAAGCUGCGGGAUGAGAUCAGCACAGCCAAGCAGGAAGCCCAACGACUGAGGGAUCUACGAGAGGGCACAGAGAAUGAACUCAGCCGCCAAAAGUACGCAGAAGAGGAGCUUGAGCAGGUGCGCAUGGCUCUGAAGAAAGCCGAGAAGGAGCUAGAGUCGCGGAGUAGCUGGUCCCCUCCGGAGGCUCUCCAGAAGUGGCUGCAGCUCACCCAUGAGGUUGAGGUUCAGUACUACAACAUCAAGAAGCAGAACGCAGAACGCCAGCUCCUGGUGGCCAAAGAGGGGGCGGAGAAGAUUAAGAAAAAGAGGAACACCCUGUUUGGGACGUUCCAUGUGGCGCACAGCUCUUCCCUGGAUGAUGUGGACCACAAAAUUUUGGCAGCAAAACAAGCGCUGGGCGAGGUUACGGCCGCCCUUCGCGAGAGGCUCCACCGCUGGCAGCAGAUCGAGAUCCUCACGGGUCUCACGGUCGUCAACAACCCGGGCCUGCCGUCGCUGGCGUCGGCCCUCAACCUGGACCCCAGCUUCAUGGGGGGCCGAGCCACCACGCCGCAGCACUUCAUCGUGACUGACGACAUGGAUGACCUGGACGAGGACAUCAUGCCCGCGACUCUGCAAUACGGCACCCGGCUGUUGGAGCGCCGAGCCAGUGACCUGUGGUCCGUGGGCGCCGACUGUCAGCCCGUGUGGAAAUAUCUCGCUCCCAGCAUGAUGUCCCUGCGCCAGCGCCACAUUGACCCCCACCUGGCUUUGAGCUCGCAGAGGGACCUAAAUCGGUCGGAUUCGGACUCCUCACUCUCCCUCUCCCAAAUGGGCGACCGCCUGUCGGCCUUCAGUUCCAAAAGCCACCUGAUCAAGCCCACCUCCCUCCUCCACGGCCUGUCUCUCCACGACACCGCCUCGCUGCACGCGUACACCCCAAACGGCGGCAACCGUGUCCACGAGGGUGGCGAGCACCUCCCAGACAGCCCCAUCCUCAUGAGGAGGGCGUACGGCACGGAAGCCUCGCCCGGCCCGGGGGAGGUCAACAGCCCCACGGAGUCGUCCCGCUCCCUCAGCCCCAACUCCACCGAACCGGAAACCCCCUCGCCCACGGGAGGAGGGGGUCAGGCGGGGGCGAAGGGCAACAGCCGCAUCCCGCAGCUGUCUUCCAAGAAGAGUCCACUGGAAGAGGACAGCGCCUCCACGGGGGAGGACACGGAUUCCACGGCCAGCCGCAAGAAACACACCUUCAAGAUCUUCAAGAAGCAGAAGAAAUAAGGCAGGAAGGCGGGACUCCUGUUUGUCUUCUUUGUUCUCGUUGCUUUGGGCUCUUCAAUUGUUUCCUUUCAACAUUUGCCAGGUUUAAAACCUCGCGGACUGCAGGAGCAAGCUUCCUCUUUCUGCUCAUGUGGGGGGGUGUUUGUAUAAUGCAAUGUAAAGAAUGUAUUUAUUCUGCAGUCAAUUGUGCCAGUCUCCGAUGGAAACGCCCCUUUCUUGGAUCGCUUUGCAUGUCUUGCCUUUUGUUUGAUCGUCUGAUCAGUCCACGGCUUGCUUUCUUUCUUCCCACGACUCAGCUGAGACCGCAUCGAUGACACUUCACUGUCGGCGUCGUCUGGGGGAGCAAAGGGCUCCUUUGGGUUGCAAACGUUGGCCAUCUUUGUCCCUGAAAGAGCCAACUAUGUUACACAGUAGCCAUGAAACUUCUUUCUUGUACUGUUUUUGUUGGUUGUUGUGAGCGGGGGGAACACACACCUAUUUAUUUCAAUCUGGGGUCUUGUUUUUAAAGAUGUUUUGUGAGGACCAUCCUCUUCCUGGAUGACUGGGAUCCAAUUGUGGUAUAAUAUGAUCUUGUGUACUCUCUAGAUGUAUUCAUGGGUGCUGGACAAGGGCUAAAGAAUAACUCAGCAGUUGGGAACCAAACCACCUGUAGUGAAGGAUUAGAAGACCAAGUAUCCCAUCAAAGUGCCAAAUCCCACUUGGUUGGACACCUUUUUUGGGGGUGUUGCAGCGACCGGUCUUUUGUCUAGUAUGUUUACAUUGGUCGCAGAGCCUCACGUUGACUAUGCAUUUGUACUUGUAGGUUAUUGAUAACCAAACCAAGAGUCUGCUUCUCCCAAACAUCAAAGCUUUUAAAAGCAGCUACUCUCACUACUGAAAAAGGCGUCAUUUCUGUGUUUUUGCACGACGAGCUGUAAAGGAAACCCUGAACGUGUUUGUGUGACGCACUGUGCUGUUGAUGCAUGCCGAGUGCUGUAACGACACCACCCAACAGAAACUGCUCCAGCAUUGACCUUAAACCUUUUUCGAGCUUCUAUUUAUGAAUCCAGACCCUAUAUUUGUACAGGGGAGGGGGGAAGAAAAGAAAUAACUUUUGCAUCUUCUGUCAUGUCUGUCUUUUAUGGCACUCCUGCAUGAAAGCAAUAAAGUAUUUUAAAUGAACUGU